AUGAGCGGCGACAGAAGUCGCAAUCGAAGAGAGCGUACUUUUGUAGGCAGCGAGUGUGCGGUUUGCGAGGAGCCACUGGAGCAUACUCUGCGCGGCGAGCGCAUCCUGCAGUUCUCCUGCCAACACGUAUCCCACGAAGCGUGCUUUUAUGAAUUCAUCCGCGAAUUCGACUCGCAGUAUUGCCCAUCAUGCAAUGCCCCGUUACAUCUCGACACGAGCAGAGGCGGAAAUGUCCUCGACAUCGAGAAGAUUACAAACAUGGUGCGGUCGGCGUCUGUGGCAGACAGUCGCUCUGCACACACGCCGACACCGUCCAGCGUUGCUGGUUGGGACACGCAAAGCCAAGGCCAUGGCAGCCAAGGCCACGGGCGUCCUCCGAGCGGAGAGUCUAAUGCCAGGACAAUGGCGCAGAGCAUAGGGCGGGAUAGCGCACACCGUGGCAGCACAAGGGAAAGUUCAGAUCGGUAUGGUGGGCAUUCAAGGCACACUCGCAGCGACAGCGAAGCAACAGGAGGAGUUGCUUCAUCGGCAGGCUACCCCGAAACGACACAGAGUGGACCUCAUCGUCGCCAUGAUUACGAUCUUCAGGCCAUGGAGACGACACCAGGCAGUCCGCGACCAGUCUCACGAAACCCAAUCCCCGCCCCGGCAGUCACCGUACGCUCGGAAUUCCCGACAGUCAACCGACAGAGGACGCAGCAAACGCUGACCUGCCUCAUCACUGUUGAAGUGCCGGACAACAAGUGGCGACCAGACCCAGAAGACCUGGGUGCGGUCAACACUCCCGCAGCGGCUCCAAGAAUGGAAGACGUGAUGGUCCAGCAACGGCCCCCUUCUCCUCCAAAAUCGUCGCGACCACGCUUUUAUCCGUACGAGUCCCCUGAGGUACUCGAGGAGAGGACCGAGAAUUUGCGGACGCGCGUAGACAACUGGCAUGGUCUUGACUUCAAUAGAUUUGGCAAGCUCCGCUUAUCAGGGACUUUACGCGUCGGCAAGGACAAGAUCUCGUGGCAAGAGCUGGAGUGCUACCUUUUCGCGGAGAUGCUGAUUUGCGUCAAAGAGAAGAAGGUCAAUCCCGCUCAGCAGCACCAGUGGGAUGAUGGCACAGGAGCUGCGCGCAAGACUACCCGGUGCACGCUAAAGGGUUCCAUCCUGAUCAAGAAACAUCUAAACGAGGUUACCGAGACGGGUGCCAUUGACGAAAAUGUCUUGACACUCAGUCUGUCCGUGGCGGAGCUACCCCAGUUCCACCUGCGUUUCGAGAAUCGCAACCAGCUGAAACUCUGGCAGCAGGCCCUUCUCGAUCUGAACGCCCUGGAGGGAUCUCCGGUCCGAAGCCCUGACUAUGAUCGAGCAGAGGCGUCAGAGACUGACGAGGACGACUGGAACCGCGCCAACCGACCACAACGAGUGUCGUCACUGGCGAGCUCGUGGGGCCACAAGUCGGCCACGACAGCACCGACAGAAUACACCAACUUUGCGAAGGCGCAGAUCUACUCCUCGGUCCACGUCCCUAUUGAUGUCGUGGUAGUCGUGCCGAUCUCGUCCUCGAUGCAAGGUGUAAAGAUCAACCUCGUGAAAGAUGCACUGAAGUUCAUGGUCAGCACUCUUGGUGAGCGGGAUCGCAUGGGCCUCGUGACAUUUGGCUCUGGUGGAGGUGGCGUCCCUAUUGUUGGAAUGACGACCAAGGCCUGGCACGGAUGGAACAACGUACUCGCCUCGAUCAAGCCCGUUGGUCAGAAGAGCCAUCGGGCUGAUGUGGUCGAGGGUGCCAACGUGGCCAUGGACCUGCUCAUGCAGCGCAAGUUCAACAAUCCUAUCGCAACUAUCAUGCUCAUCAGCGACGCCUCAACGUCAGACGCGGAUAGUGUUGAUUUCGUGGUUUCGAGAGCCGAAGCUGCCAAGAUAACAAUUCACUCUUUUGGCCUCGGAACGACUCACAAGCCUGAUACAAUGAUUGAACUCUCCACUCGGACAAAGGCGUCAUAUACCUAUGUCAAGGACUGGAUGAUGCUACGCGAGUGCCUGGCUGGGUGCCUGGGCUCUAUGCAAUCCUUGUCUCACCAAAACGUGAAGCUCAAGCUGAAACUGCCGGAGGGGUCUCCUGCCAAGUUCCACAAGAUCAGCGGUGCUCUGCAGAUCACCAAACGGGCGACUGGGCGCGAUGCGGAAGCUUCCCUCGGCGAUUUGCGCUUCGGCGAUAAGCGCGAUGUGCUUGUCCAACUUGUCAUCACACCCGACACCACGGGACAUGAGACACUUCCGCAGGACGCGUGGGAGACCAUAGUUUCGGGCUUGGAAGCCCUUGGUGGGCCGAUGGAUCCUGAUGACCAGAGGACAUUGUCUGUCGAAGAAGUACCGCUCAUCCAGGCUGAUCUGGUAUGGGGUGACAUCCUGCGCGAUGGCACGAUGAUGCACCUGCCCCGGCCCUCGCUGCUAGCCAUCACCAUGCUCCCUUCUGUCAGCAGUCAGAAGAAGUCGCAGUGGCAGAGCAGUCCUCCCAUCCCGCCACACCCAAGCAUCGUACAGCGCCGCAUGGAGCUUCUCACCUCCGACAUGCUUACGAGAGCGUUGACGUUGGUCAGCAGAGGCCAGCACGACCGAGCUCACACACUUUUGAACGAGACCCGUUCAAUCCUGAAGGGCCUAGGCAAGGGAGGGCUUCCACCAGUACCGCCACCUGGAGGCAAGCCUUCGCUGGGGCCCGAGGCUUCACCAACGUCGGCAACGCCUGACAGGAAACGCACGCCAUCGCCAGCUGCCUCUACUGUGAGCGGGAAUCCCACGACAUCGCUCGGCCGGAGUCGCUCUAAUGAUGGCCUGUCCAUCAACACCUCGGCCGGCAUUGACAGCGUCACGGUCGCGGCAUUGGAUGCCGAGCUCGAGGCCAGCCUGGAAUGGAUCAACCACCCUGCAGUCUUUGGGCGGGACAGCCGCAAGGCUGUUCUGCAGGCCAUUGGCGUCAUCAGCAGCCAGCGAGCCUUUACGUACCGCACACCCAUUGAAGGCUUGUGGUCAUCGAGAGUCAACGGCGUCAAGCGGCUGACUGACAAGAGCCGUGAGUGGCGGGAGGAGGCUGGCGGUGAAGGCAUCAUUGAGGAGGCCUGA